GCCACCGCUCAUCGACUCCAUGUACUCGGAGUACUGUUUCCGACGUUGGAAAAAAGUCGAAGAUUCGUACAAGGCAUCAGGCCAGAACGUGGGUCUCAUCAAAUCCAUCUUCAUGACCUACUGGCCGAUCCUGACAUUCGUUUGGGUCCUCGAAAGCUCCUUUGUCAUCACCCGAGUGAGCACUUUCUUAGCUUUAAACGAACUCAUAAAGUACUUCACGUCGCCCGACGAACCGAGCUGGAAGGGCUACUGCUACGUUAUUCUCAUCCUCCUCGCGUACAACGUAUCCUCGACCCUGAUACGUUGGGGCGAUUACAUUCUGAUCUCCCUCGGAAUCAAAAUCAAGUCCCUACUCAUCGCCGCAAUCGUCCGUAAAUCUCUUCGAGUUGACGGAAAUCAUCUGGGAAAAUUCACUGUCGGCGAGCUUGUAAAUCUCCUGUCGGUGGACGCGGACAAAAUUUAUCAAUUCUCUAAUUACGUCGGCAUCAUGAUAGGGUGCCCCCUUUACGUAACCCUGUGCACAUGGAUGCUGUGGGUAUUCCUCGGACCCUCCUGUCUGGCUGGCAUCUCGAUAAUCAUCAUCAUGACCCCCGUCACGGCAAUCGUGGCCAACCUGAGCAGAAAAGUGCAAUCCAAGCAGAUGUGCCUGAAGGACACCAGAUUGAAAUUCAUAAGCGAAAUUCUAUCGAGCAUAAAAAUCGUCAAAUUCUACGGCUGGGAACCGCCCUUUGUUGACCGAGUGCAAACAGUCCGCAAGAAGGAAAACGAAUACCUUAAGACAUUCGCUUAUCUGACGGCCACUCUGCGCUUUUUCUGGUCGGUGACACCUUUCCUCGUCAGUCUAUUUGCGUUCGUGACCUACGUACUCGUCAACGAUCUCACAACUAUCGACACCAAUGUUGCGUUCGUAUCUCUUGGUCUCUUCAACGGUAUGCGUUUUCCCCUCGCCGUUAUUCCGGACGUGAUCUCGAAUGGCGUGCAGACCUUGGUGUCGGUCCGACGCAUUCAGAGUUUCCUGAUGGCGAAAGACCUCGAGGAGAAUGUUGUCGGGCACGAGCCUGGCUCCGGAAACGCCGCCAGAUGGGAGGGGGUUUCAUCGAGCUGGACCGCGAAGCUCUGCGAGCUCACCCUUGAAGAAGUCGAUCUUACCGUCAAAACUGGUCAGCUCGUCGCCAUAGUGGGCAAGGUCGGCUGCGGAAAGUCCUCCCUGCUCAACUCGCUCCUGGGCGAUAUCAAACUCAUGCGCGGGAAAAUCGAUCUGGCCGGAUCUAUGGCGUACGUCCCCCAGCAAGCCUGGAUUCAGAACGCGACCAUCAAGGAGAACAUAAUCUUCACGAAGCAGUUCAGCAAAUCGCUCUACAAACGCACAAUCGACAAAUGUUGCCUGAGUAUGGAUCUGAAAAUCCUCCCAGGCGGCGAUCAGACUGAGAUUGGCGAGAAAGGCGUAAACCUGAGCGGUGGUCAGAAGCAGCGCAUUUCGCUGGCGCGGGCCGUGUACAUGGAUCGAGAUAUUUAUCUGCUCGAUGAUCCGCUCAGUGCCGUCGAUGCUCAUGUGGGCUCGGCGAUUUUCCAGGAUGUCAUCGGAAACACGGGCGUUCUGAAGCAGAAAACGAGAAUAUUCGUCACCAACAUGCUCUCUGUUCUUCCGAAAGUUGAUCGCAUCGUUUUCAUGAAGGAUGGCAGGAUCGUCGAGCAAGGAACCUACGAUGAGCUGCGGAAUACCGUUGGGGAAUUCGCGGAAUUCCUCAACGAGCAUGCGAAGAGCAGCCAAAAGGAAGAAACGCCGGAACCAGAACCUGUGCUCACGCGAGAAUCGCACGCUCGGUCGAUGAGCAUCAUUUCAACGGAUAGUACGUCGAUCUACGGAGGCCAAGCGAAUCAGGUUCUCAUAUCGGAAGAGUACAUGCAAUCCGGAUCUGUGAAACUAUCGGUGUACACAAAAUACCUUUCGAAAAUAGGGUUCCUCUUCUGCUUGGCGAUCCUAGUCGGUUUUGCUGGGGCCCGAACCUUCGACAUUUACACUGGGGUUUGGUUGAGUGAAUGGUCGAGCGACUCUCCGGGAAAAAGCGCCGAGAAUUAUGCUCAGCGUACUUAUCGCAUCCUUGUUUACGCGGCCUUAGGCCUAUCGUAUGGCUUUCUAUCGUUCGUUGGCACGGCAUGUCUUGCCAACGGAACGCUCAGUGCUGCCAGAAAACUGCACAACGACAUGCUGAGCACGAUCAUUAGGGCCCCUAUGAGUUUCUUCGACACAACGCCUCUGGGUCGGCUUCUGAAUCGAUUCGGCAAAGACGUCGACCAGCUAGACAUAACGCUCCCCGUUGCAGCGAAUGUCUUCCUCGAUAUGUUUUUCCAGCUCGUCGGAGUAAUCGCUCUGAUUACGAUCAAUAUCCCUAUUUUCCUCGUCAUAUCGGCCCCUCUACUCGUACUUUACAUGGUUUUCCAAAGAGUCUUCAUGCGAACCAUCCGACAGAUUAAACGCAUGGAAGCCGUCACGCGGUCUCCUGUCUACAACCAUUUCGCUGAGACACUGAACGGAUUGAGCAGCAUCAGAGCCUACGGCGCUGAAGAACAUUUCAUUUCAACUUCGGACGUGCACGUGGAUCUGACGCAGAACUGUACCUAUUUAUUAUUCGUAGGGAAGAUGUGGCUCGGUACCCGACUCGAUAUAAUCGCGAACUUCCUCAUCGUCAUCUCAAACAUACUUGUCGUUCAGCAGAAGGGUAUCAUGGAUCCCGCGAUGGCUGGAUUCGUGGUGUCCUACUCGAUGGGGACGGCCUUCGCCUUCAAUCUCAUCGUUCACUACGUCUCUGAAGUCGAGGCGGCCAUAGUGGCUUCGGAGAGGAUCGAAGAAUAUUCCUCAGACGUCGAAGCCGAAGCCCCGUGGAAGACAGAUUACACACCCGAGGAAUCUUGGCCCGCUGAGGGUGAGGUCGUCUUCGACAAAUAUUCAACUCGGUACAGGAAGGGUCUAGAAUUGGUUCUCAAAGAGGUGGACCUACAGAUUCGGCCGCGUGAGAAAAUCGGAGUCGUGGGUCGGACUGGCGCGGGGAAGUCUUCGCUCACACUUUCGCUCUUCCGGAUCAUCGAAGCCGCCGAGGGUCGUUUGCUCAUCGAUGGCAUCAACAUAGCUGGUCUUGGAUUGCACGAUCUCCGGCCGCGACUCACGAUAAUCCCUCAAGAUCCAGUCAUCUUCUCAGGAACACUGAGAGUCAAUCUCGAUCCAAACGACGUUCACACUGACGAAGAGCUAUGGAACGCCCUAGAAAAAGCACACGUCAAGAAACAGUUCAUCUGUGAAGGUCUUCAAACCGAAAUUGCGGAAGGUGGCGCAAACUUAUCGGUGGGCCAGAGACAGCUCAUUUGCUUGGCUCGGGCUAUCCUACAGAAGAGACGCAUUCUAGUCAUGGACGAAGCCACUGCCGCUGUCGAUGUGGAAACGGAUGCUCUCAUCCAGAAAACCAUUCGUGCCGAUUUCUCUGAUUGCACAAUAUUGACGAUAGCUCAUAGACUGAACACAAUUCUAGACUCGGAUCGAGUAAUCGUUAUGGAUGCCGGUAGAGUUGUCGAGCAAGGUUCUCCCAAAGCAUUGCUAGAGGAUACAUCGUCCCGAUUCUACGACAUGGCACUUGAAGCGGGACUCGUUGAGACUUCCAAGAACUGUGGGCAGCCGCCGGAUUGUCAGAUCCUGAGGGCUCUUUGGUACGAACCGAACUCGACGCUGCCGACAAGCCGAACAAUGAAAGGGGGUUACUGCCAGGGUCCCUUAUGGGACCCGAAGUUCUGGAGUGAUGAACCCCCGGUACUGACAGAGUGCUUCGAGAACACAGUGCUCGCUUUCGUUCCGAGUUUCUUCGUUCUAAUCGGCGGUGCAAUCUACCUGUACACUCGCCGAACAUGGCCUGGAAAAGGUUUGCCGAUCACGAUCCUUCACGUCGCGAAAAUAGCGACGACCGGCGCCCAGGUCCUGCUCCACUGUUACGGCGCGUUUUACGCUCUCUCCAGUGCUAGCUCGAGCACGUCGGACUUCGUCAACGAUCUGCUUCGGGUAAUCAACUUCAUCAUGGUCCUCAUUCUUCAAGUCACAGACCGCAACCGAGGAAUAUCAAGUUCUGCAUUCCUGGCUAUUUUCUGGUUCUUGGAAUUACUCUGUGAGCUACCGAUAUACUAUCGCCACUCUCUGACGGUUUUCGGGCCCACGGACCUCAAUCUGGAGCCCAUCCAAGACACAGACUUCAUAAUCGAAAUGGCGAGCUAUCCGCUGGUGGUCGUUCAAUUCACUCUGGCUUCAUUCUCUGAGAUCACACCCGACCUUGGGAAGAUUCUACCGAAACGUCAUCCGAUCUACACUGUAUCACCGAUGUCGAAGCUUUUGUUCAACUUCUUCUCGGACCUGGUCUACCGAGGCUACAGUAAGCUGCUUGUCAUGACGGACUUGCCGCCCAUAAUCGACACAAUGUACUCCUCUACCUGUUAUAGACAAUGGAAGGAAACCGACGACUCGUACAGGGCAUCGGGACGGAAAAUCUCCCUCAUCAAAUCCAUUUUCAUGACAUACUGGCCGAUGCUUUCAUUCGUCUGGAUCCUGGAAGUUCUGUUCGUCGUGACGCGUGUCAGCUCCUUCCUCGCUCUGAACGAGCUAAUUCUCUACCUCAGCUCGCCCGACGACCCCGCUUGGAAGGGUUACGUGUACGUCGUCUUGAUAUUCGUAGUCUACAGCUCUUCCACCACGUUGUUGCGAUGGGGUGACUAUUUCCUAAUUUCUCUCGGAAUCAAAAUCAAGUCCCUACUGAUAGCCGCUAUCGUCCGGAAAUCCUUUCGAGUCGACGGUAAUCACCUGGGGAAAUUCACGGUGGGCGAACUUGUAAAUCUCCUGUCUGUAGAUGCAGACAAAAUUUAUCAGUUUUCGAAUUAUGUCGGUAUCAUGAUAGGGUGUCCUUUCUACGUCGGGCUCUGUACAUUGCUGCUGUGGAAUUUCUUGGGGCCGUCGUGUCUCGCUGGAAUCUCGGUCAUCGUAGUCAUGUCACCCAUAACCGCGUACGUCGCGAAUCUCAGCCGGAAAAUGCAAGGAGAACAGAUGAGCCUGAAGGACUCGAGGCUCAAAUUCAUCGGGGAAAUUCUAUCCAGCAUAAAAAUUAUCAAGUUCUACGGUUGGGAGCCGCCAUUUGUCGACCGGGUCCAGAACGUCCGUAAGGAUGAAAAUGCGUAUCUGAGGAAAUUCGCCUAUCUGACCGCUACGUUGAGGUUCUUCUGGUCGGUGACGCCUUUCCUCGUAAGUCUAUUCGCGUUCGUGACCUACGUUCUCGUCAACGAUCUCACCACGAUCGACACAAACGUCGCUUUCGUAUCGCUCGGACUCUUCAAUAGCAUGCGUUUUUCGCUAGCGACGAUUCCUGACGUCAUUUCCAAUGGAGUUCAAACUCUGGUGUCCGUCCGUCGGAUAGAGAAUUUCCUCCAAGCGAAGGAUCUCGAGGAGAACGUUAUCGGCAACAAGCCCGGCGCAGGGAAUGCUGCCAAAUGGCAGAGUGUCUCGUCGAGCUGGACGGACAAGGAAUCCGAGCUGGCGCUUGAAGACAUCGACUUGACUAUCGGAGCUGGAGAACUCGUCGCCAUCGUGGGCAAGGUCGGUUGUGGCAAAUCAUCGCUGCUCAACUCACUCCUCGGGGACGUGAAACUAAUGCGCGGCCGAGUCGAUCUCUCAGGGACUGUCGCCUACGUGCCCCAGCAAGCGUGGAUUCAGAACGCAACGAUAAAGCAGAACAUUCUCUUCACGAAACAGUUCAGCAAGCCCAUCUACAAGCGAGUGCUCGACAAGUGUUGCUUAACAACAGAUCUGAAAAUUCUCCCCGGGGGCGAUCAGACCGAGAUCGGUGAGAAAGGUGUCAACUUGAGCGGUGGUCAGAAACAGCGGAUUUCGCUGGCCCGAGCCGUGUACAUGGAUCGAGACGUCUAUCUGCUCGACGACCCUCUGAGCGCCGUCGAUGCUCACGUGGGCUCGGCUAUCUUCCAAAACGUCAUCGGGAACUCGGGAAUACUGAAAGGUAAAACACGGAUCUUCGUCACGAACAUGCUCUCCGUCCUCCCGAAAGUCGACCGGAUCGUGUUCCUGAAAGAUGGGAAGAUCUUCCAGCAAGGUACUUUCGAGGAAUUGCGAAACACCGUCGGCGAAUUCGCGGAAUUCCUCAAAGAACACGCGAAGAGCAAUGAGAAGGAGGAGGAACCGGAGCCAGAACCGCUCGUUAUAAAGGAAUCGUAUCCGCGAUCGAUGAGCAUCGUCUCGAACGACAGCAUGCAAGUUUUCGGAGAUCAAGUGCAGCAAACUCUGAUAUUGGAUGAGGCCAUGCAAUCGGGAUCGGUGAAACUGUCGGUUUAUACGAACUACUUCUCCAAAAUAGGAUUUUCUUUCUGUAUCGUGAUCCUCGCUGGUUUCGCCGGCGCUCGAGCUUUUGAUGUGUACAGCGGGAUCUGGCUCAGCGAGUGGUCGAGCGACUCAUCUGAGAAAACCGAUGAGAAUUACGGUCAACGGACGCUCCGGAUCGUCGUCUACGCAGCCUUGGGUCUCCUCUAUGGAAUUCUUUCGUUCAUCGGAACCGCUGUCCUUGCGAACGGCACCUUGAAGGCCGCUAGAACAUUGCACAAUGGCAUGCUGAACUCGGUUAUCAGAGCGCCGAUGAGCUUCUUCGAUACCACACCUCUCGGUCGGCUACUGAAUCGAUUUGGCAAAGACGUCGAUCAGCUCGACAUUCAGCUUCCAGUGGCGGCGAAUGUUUUCUUCGAUAUGUUCUUCCAGCUGCUUGGUGUCAUCAUUCUUAUUUCAAUCAACGUCCCGAUUUUCCUCCUGGCUUCGGCUCCCCUACUUUUCUUGUACAUGGUCUUCCAGAGGAUCUACAUGAAGACGAUUCGACAACUGAAACGCAUGGAAGGCGUGACCCGAUCACCGGUCUACAAUCACUUCUCCGAAACUCUCUACGGUUUGAGCAGCAUCAGGGCGUACUGCGCAGAAGAUCAUUUCAUCUCAAAGUCGGAUGAUAGGGUUGACCUGACGCAGAAUUGUACUUAUCUUCUCUUCGUCGGGAAGAUGUGGCUCGGUACCCGUCUCGAUAUCAUCGCGAACAUCCUCAUCGCAGUGUCCGGCUUCCUGGUCGUGCAGCAGAAAGGAAUUAUGGAUCCUGCAGUGGCUGGCUUCGUGGUGUCGUAUUCAAUGGGAACAGCGUUCGCUUUUACUCUGAUCGUGCAUUUCGCAUCGGAAGUCGAAGCGGCGAUCGUCGCCUCGGAGCGUAUCGAAGAAUACACGGACGUGAAACCAGAAGCACCGCUGAAGACGGAUCUCGAUCCUGGAGAUUCUUGGCCCGACGACGGAGAAGUCGUCUUCGAUAAAUACUCGACCCGAUACCGAGAAGGAUUAGAAUUGGUCCUCAAUCAAAUUGAUCUCAAUAUUCGACCUCGUGAGAAAAUCGGAGUCGUCGGUCGAACUGGAGCAGGAAAAUCAUCUCUCACGCUGUCCCUCUUCCGAAUUAUCGAAGCUGCCGAGGGCCGUUUGCUGAUCGACGGUAUCAACGUGGCCAAAGUGGGUCUGCACGACCUCCGACCGCGUCUCACAAUCAUUCCUCAAGACCCCGUGAUAUUCUCGGGAUCUCUCAGAGCCAAUCUGGAUCCGAAUGACGCCCAUACCGAUGAGGAGCUCUGGAAUUCCUUGGAGAAAGCCCACGUGAAGGAGCAGUUUGCCAUUGAGGGCUUGCAAACAGAGAUAGCCGAAGGUGGCGCGAAUUUGUCAGUGGGUCAGAGACAGCUGAUUUGCUUGGCUCGGGCUAUUCUGCAGAAGAAGCGAAUCCUAGUCAUGGACGAGGCCACGGCCGCUGUCGAUGUAGAAACUGACGCCCUCAUUCAAAAAACAAUUCGCGCCGAUUUCUCCGAUUGUACAAUAAUAACCAUCGCGCAUAGGCUCAACACGAUCUUGGACUCGGACCGUGUAAUCGUCAUGGAAGCCGGCAAAGUUGUUGAAGAAGGUUCCCCGCCCGCUCUGCUCGGAGAUCCAAAUUCACGUUUCUAUGAUAUGGCGCGGGAAGCUGAAAUCUUAACUCUUAACAAUACAGAGAUUGAGACUUGCUCCACAGCGCAAGAGGCGACUCUCAGGGCUCAUCCUUUGAGCAGUGAGGGAGCUCUCACAUCGAGCAGCUCGAAGAUGAGCGGAGCUUACUGUAAAGGUCCGUUGUGGGACCCGAGUUUUUGGAGCGACGAGCCCCCGGUGCUUACGGAAUGCUUCGAGGACACAGUGCUUGUUUUUGUACCCACGCUGUUUGUUUUAGUCGGCGGCGGAAUUCAAUUGUGCAUGCGACGGACUUGGCCUGGAAAAACACUGCCGAUCACAGCCGUGCACAUUGCGAAAAUACUGACUAGUGGUGCUCAGAUGCUGCUCCACUCCUAUGGAGCAUUCUACGCUCUGAACGGUGCUUCCUCAAACAUUUCAAGCUUCAUCAACGAUCUCCUGAGGACCAUAAACUUUCUCAUAGUGUUUGCUCUCCAAGUCAGCGAUCGUAACCGAGGGAUAUCUAGCUCAGCCUUCCUGACGGUCUUUUGGUCGCUUGAGGUUAUCUGCGAGCUCCCGAUCUACUAUCGUCAUCUGCUCAGUGUAUACGGUGCCGAUACAAGGCACACCGUGCUACCGCAGAAAACAGGCUUCACGAUCGAGAUGCUCAGCUAUCCACUCGUCGUACUUCAGUUCGCUCUGGCGGCUAUCUCCGAGGACACCCCACCCCGGGGAAGGUUCCAAGCGAAGCACCGUCAAGCUCAAACAGUGUCGCCGCUGGCUACGGUGUUUUUCAAUUUUUUCUCGGAUCUCGUGUAUCGCGGAAACAGCAAGCCACUGUCCAUGAACGAGUUACCGCCUAUAAUUGACUCGAUGUGUUCGGCGAACUGCUACGAGGAGUGGAAACGCACUGAGAAUUCGUUCAAGUCAUCAGGCCGGAGCGUCAACCUCUUGAAAUCGAUAUUCCUGACCUACUGGUCAACUAUAUUGGGAGCUCUGAUUUUGUUGGUUCUGUUCGUCGUGAUCCGCCUGAGCUCCUUCCUGGCUCUGAACGAGCUGAUUUUAUUCCUGACAGCGCCCGGUGAGCCGACGUGGAAGGGCUACGUCUACGCGAUCCUGAUAUUUUUGUCGUACAACAUCUCAACGACGCUGUUGCGAUGGGGCGAUUACAUUCUCAUUCUGCUCGGGAAUCGAACCAAAUCACUGUUGAUAGCCGCCAUUGUCCGGAAGUCCUUGCGAGUCGACGGGAAUCACCUGGGGAAAUUCACGGUGGGCGAGCUCGUCAAUCUCCUGUCAGUAGACGCAGAUAAAAUUUACCAGUUCGCAAACUACGCCGGCACAGUUAUCCGAUGUCCGAUCUACGUUGCGCUCUGCACAUGGCUCCUAUGGAAAUUCCUCGGACCGUCGUGUCUCGCUGGCAUCUCGAUAAUAAUCAUCAUGACGCCGAUAACGGCGCUCGUCGCUAAUCUGAGCAGGAAAGUACAGUCGAAGCAGAUGGGUCUGAAAGACACCAGACUCAAAUACAUCAGUGAGAUUCUAUCGAGCAUAAAAAUCGUUAAGUUCUACGGUUGGGAACCGCCAUUCGUGAAUCGGAUACAGAACGUCCGCAAAGAGGAAAACGACUAUCUGAACACUUUUGCUUAUCUCACGGCAACGCUUCGUUUCUUCUGGUCCGUAACCCCUUUCCUUGUGAGUCUCUUCGCAUUCGUAACCUACGUUCUCGUCAACGACCUCACCACAAUCGAUACGAACGUAGCCUUCGUAUCUCUCGGUCUAUUCAACAGUAUGCGUUUUUCGCUGGCUACGAUCCCUGACGUCAUAUCGAACGGUGUCCAAACCCUGGUCUCCGUGCGUCGAAUAGAGGGAUUCUUGCGAGCCAAGGAUCUCGAGGAAAAGGUUGUGGGAAACUCACCCGGAGCCGGGAACGCUGCGAGAUGGAUAAGCUCUUCGUCGAGUUGGACAGGCAAGGAAUCCGAGCUGACGUUGGAGAAUAUCGAUUUGUCCGUAAGAGCCGGACAACUUGUCGCUAUUGUAGGGAAGGUCGGCUCGGGAAAGUCGUCGAUGCUGAAUUCUCUUCUCGGCGACAUCAGAUCGAUGCGAGGAAGCAUCGACCUGUCGGGCAGCGUAGCUUACGUUCCUCAACAAGCCUGGAUUCAAAACGCAACCAUCAAACAGAACAUUCUCUUCACCGAGGAAUUCAACAAGUUUUUCUACAAACAAGUUCUUUCGAAUUGCUGCCUAACCACAGAUCUCGGGAUUCUCCCACAUGGCGACCAGACAGAAAUCGGUGAUAAAGGUGUCAACUUGAGCGGCGGCCAGAAGCAACGUAUUUCGCUGGCCCGAGCCGUGUACAUGGAUCGAGACGUGUAUUUGCUCGACGAUCCGCUAAGCGCCGUCGAUGCCCACGUCGGCUCGGCCAUUUUCCAGGAUGUUAUCGGGAACACCGGUAUGCUGAGGGAGAAGACGCGGAUUUUUGUGACGAAUAUGCUCUCUGUCCUCCCGAAAGUCGAUCGGAUCGUUUUCAUGAAGGAGGGGAAGAUCAGCGAACAGGGCACCUUCGACGAACUGAGGAACUCGGUCGGAGAAUUCGCGGAAUUUCUCAAGGAACACGCGAAGAGCAGCGAAAGAAAAUCAGAACCGGACCUGGAACCGCUCCUUAUAAAGGAAUCGUAUCCGCGAUCGAUGAGCGUCGUCUCGGGAGACAGCUUGCAGGUGUUCGGGGAUCCGCCGGAGCGAAAUCUCACCGCGGACGAGGGCAUGCAAUCGGGAUCGGUCAAGCGGUCGGUCUAUACGAACUAUCUAUCAAAAAUAGGAGCUCUCUCGUGCUUGUUGAUUCUGGCAGGCUUCGCCGGAGCCCGAGUGUUCGAUGUUUACAGCGGAAUUUGGCUCAGCGAGUGGUCGAGCGACUCGCCCGAGAAAAGCGACGAGAAUUACGCCCGGCGAACACAGCGAAUCCUCGUUUACGCGGCCUUGGGUUUAUUCUACGGCCUCUUCACGUUCGUCGGGUCCGCUUUUCUCGCCAACGGUACCCUGAGAGCCGCCCGGAAAUUGCACAACGGCAUGUUGAACGCGAUAGUUAGAGCACCGAUGAGCUUCUUCGACACCACACCUCUCGGUCGGCUACUGAAUCGCUUCGGCAAAGACGUCGAUCAGCUCGACAUUCAGCUCCCAGUGGCGGCGAAUGUUUUCUUCGACAUGUUCUUCCAGCUCAUGGGGGUCUUGGUGCUGAUUUCGGUCAACGUUCCGAUUUUCCUCUUGGUGUCGGCUCCCUUAUUGCUCCUGUACGUGGUUUUCCAAAGGAUCUAUAUGCGUACGGUCCGUCAAUUGAAGCGCAUGGAAGGCGUCAGCCGAUCACCAGUCUACAACCACUUCGCAGAAACACUCUACGGCUUGAGUAGCAUCAGGGCGUACCGCGCGGAGGAUCAUUUCAUAGCGAAAUCAGAUUACAAGGUCGAUUUGACACAGAAUUGUACUUACCUCCUUUUCGUCGGAAGGAUGUGGUUAGCUACUCGGCUCGAGCUCAUCGGGAACUUUCUCAUAGCAGCCUCUGGAAUCCUGGUCGUGCAGCAGAAGGGAAUCAUGGAUCCCGGCGUCGGAGGCUUCGUGGUUUCUUACUCCAUGGGAGCCGCGUUCGCUUUCACUCUCAUCGUACAUUUCGCAUCGGAAGUCGAAGCGGCAAUCGUCGCCUCGGAGCGCAUCGAUGAAUACACGGUCGUGGAACCAGAAGCACCGCUGAAGACGGAUCUCGAUCCUGGAGAUUCUUGGCCGGACAACGGAGAAGUUGUUUUCGAUAAAUACUCGACCCGAUACCGAGAAGGAUUAGAAUUGGUUUUGAAACAAAUUGACCUGAACAUACGACCUUGUGAGAAAAUCGGAGUCGUCGGUCGAACUGGAGCAGGAAAAUCAUCCCUCACGCUGUCCCUCUUCCGAAUUAUCGAAGCUGCCGAGGGCCAUUUGCUGAUCGACGGUAUCGACGUGGCCAAACUCGGGCUGCACGACCUCCGACCGCGUCUCACAAUCAUUCCCCAAGACCCCGUGAUAUUCUCAGGAUCUCUCAGAGUCAAUCUGGAUCCGAAUGACGUGCACACUGAUGAGGAGCUCUGGGACUCCUUAGACAAGGCUCACGUUAAGGAGCUAUUUUCCAUGGAGGGUUUGCAAACGCAGAUAGCAGAAGGCGGCGCAAAUUUGUCAGUGGGUCAGCGACAACUGAUUUGCUUAGCUCGGGCCAUCUUGCAGAAGAAGCGAAUUUUGGUCAUGGACGAGGCCACGGCUGCUGUCGAUGUAGAAACUGACGCCCUCAUUCAAAAAACGAUUCGCGCGGAUUUCGCCGAUUGUACAAUAAUAACCAUCGCGCAUAGGCUCAACACGAUAUUAGAUUCGGACCGUGUAAUCGUCAUGGAAGCCGGCAAAGUUGUCGAAGAAGGUUCUCCUAAAGCUCUCCUCGCGGAUCCGUCGUCCCGCUUCUACGACAUGGCGCUGGAGGCUGGCUUGGUGGAAGGAGCCCAGGCACCCUGA